CCCUUUUGCAACAUAGGAAAAGAAGAAGCCAGAUUGAUAAAGGAAGUGCCAGUCACUGCCGGGGUGGGCGGUUCAGGGAAGGCUCCCCCCAACCCCAGUCCUGAGGGAGCCUGACCUCGCCCUUCUGGUGCUGAGACUCCCCCCAGGCGGCCCCUCCACCGGCCUCCCCUUGGGCCUUGAGGUCUCUGCUUGUCUUCUCAUCCCAGGAAGAGGGCAAGGCCAUGGGUCUGGCCCCGCUGCUGCCCCUGCUGCUGCUGCUGCCCCUGCUGCUGCUGCUGCCGCCGGCAUCUCCGCAGGCUGGUCGCCAGGCAGAACACAGUCCAAACUAUGACUUUGGGAUGAACCAACCAAAUUCUCUCUCAGCCCCCGAGGGCGGCUCCAUCCACAUCCCCUUCUCCUUCUAUUACCCCUGGGACUUAGACAAGGUUCCCAACGUGAGAAUAUCCUGGAGAUGGAAACACUUCCAUGGGCAGUUCAUCUACAACACAACUCCGCAUUUCACUCAUAAGAAUUUCAAGAACCGGCUCUUCCUGAACUGGACAGAGGGUUGCAAGAACGGCUCCCUCCAGAUCCGGAACCUGCGGAUGCGGGACCAGGCCGUGUACUUCUGCCGGGUGAAGUUGAACACAUGGCAAUAUGGCGAGAAGGUGUGGCAGUCCAUUGAGGGGACCCAACUCAUCAUCACCCCGGCCACCAUCACAACCACCGCCACCACCACCAUCACAGUUGGCCUCGGGGACUCAGAAGGGAAACAGAGUUCAGAGUCUUGGCCUCUGAGUAUGGGAGCUACAGUUGGGUUGGCACUGGCCGGCGCUGUGCUCAUAACAUUAAUUGUGGGGCUGAUUGUGUACUUCACGUGGAAAAGAAGCAAAGGUCUGCAGACUAAGGCCAGAACCCCAGCCAGGGGAUCCUUCCAAAAUAUGGAGGAGAAAUACGAGAACACUGGGAAUAAAGUGCAACAUACAAACCCCAAACUGGACCCCAAGGAUGAUGGCGUAUGCUAUGCCUCCCUCACCCUCUCCAGCUUGACCUCACCGGCAGCACCUACCUGCCCCCCUCCCCAUAGGGGCCCCCAGGAAGAGACCGUAUACUCUGCCUUAAAGGCCUAAGGAGUAGUACUGAGUGAGGACCUCCUUAAAGUCAGCUGCACACAAAGAUCUGUUUCCUAUUAUCACCACAGCCAGACACAGACGACGCAGAAGCCAGUGGGUGCUGAAGGCCACCAAGGACCUGACAGACACACAGUCACCUGCUCCGAUUCCCUCUUCAAAUUUCUACCCCUUGCCCACAAAAAUAAAAGUGACUGUAGAAUUUGCCUGAA